AUGGAUAACCCGCAGAAUGGCCUUCGAGUUCUCUCUCUCGGUACGUAUCACGUCCUGCAAUCUACCGCGCCCGUAGACGAGGCUCUGUACACGAUGCUGACACACGAAUCCCCAAAUGUAGAUGGAGGCGGGAUAAGGGGUCUCUCUACUCUCUAUAUACUUGAGCGCAUCAUGUAUCAACUUCGACCGACCGACGAUCCAAAAAAACGAGUGAAGCCCUGCGAGGUGUUUGAUGUGAUAGCUGGGACUAGUACCGGGGGGUUGCUUGCGUUGAUGCUUGGGAGGUUGGAGAUGGACGUUCAGUCGUGUAUCAAGGUAUACAAAGAUCUCUCGUCCAAAGUCUUCACUCCACGAAAAAGGGUGGUGUUCGGUGGCAGCUUUCUUCAUAGGCUGGCUGGCUCCGCUCCAUUUUCCGCUGAGAAGCUUGAGGCGGAGAUUAAGAAGGUUGUAGAGAAUAAUAGCCCGCUAGAGGAUGGAGGUAAUAAGACACCCAAGGCGAAGGGAAAUGCAGGAGACGUUCCGCUACUCGUUAAUCCAACCCAACGGUGCAAAGUUUUCGUGUGCGUUACCAUGGAUAACAGCAAACCGCUUCGUCUCCGAAGUUAUAGCUCCAUGAAAGAGCCUGCCCUUGGUUGUAGUAUCUGGGAAGCUGGCAGCGCGACCUCCGCUGCUCCAAGUUUAUUCGACCCGGUGACGCUUAGUAACGGUGCUACACUACGAGAUGGUGCAUUAUUGAAUAAUAAUCCAAUUCUCCAGUUGAUGGAUGAAUUGAAUGUGGAGUUUCCUGGUCAAAAAAUUGCCUGCGUAGUCAGUGUUGGCACAGGCGUUGGCCAAACGAAAGUUUUAGGGAAAACUCUCAUCUCGGUUGCAAAAGCCUGCGCAAGCAUUGCCACCGAUGCGAAUGCCACAGCUCAACAGUUCAAAAGGUCAUUCGCGUCAGAGAGCCAGCCGCUACACGAUCGAUACUUCCGUUUCGAAGUAGAGCAGGGGUUACAAGGCCUUGGGGUAGAAGAGUGGAAGCAGAUGAAUUUGAUUUUCGGCGUCGCGAAUGCAUAUUUGGAUGAUCGGAGAGAGGAGCUUAAGGAUUGCGUUACGAUUCUUCAGGAAUCAACACCGAUGCUGUAUGGUUCCCAAAAGCUUCACAACGAGUCCAAAGUGUUUCACCAUGAAUUUCUUGGUCUUCAGCCUGUGCAUUAUUUCGUGCCGAGAAAGGAAGACGAGAAAAAGCUGCGUCGACUAUUGUUGACGACAAAUGAUAACAGACGACAGCAGCCAAGCGUCGUUGCGUUGACAGGUCUCGGUGGUGUUGGAAAGACGCAACUAAUGCUCCAAUAUACGAAGGACUAUCGAGAUCAAUUCGGAGCCAUGUUUUGGAUUGACUGCAGAUCGGAGUUAACACUCUCGGAAAGCUUUCAGAACAUAGCACGAUUGCUCUCCUUGGGUACCGCAGCUAGAGUCCAACCACGAGAAGGAGAAACCGGGCUCAUUAGGUUGGAUGCACUCGACAAUGUCAAUGCUUUCAAGAGAUGGCUACGAAUGAGAAUAAGUCCAUGGCUCCUUCUUUUUGACAACGCCGACGAGCUGAGUAUCCUCCGGUCUCUAGGCCGGUAUUUCCCUACUGAUGUAUCUGGAAGCAUCAUCGUCAGCUCGAGACGACAAGAAGCGGCAGAUUUAUUUGGAAGCGAUCGAGUCAUGCAAAUCGAAGGACUUCCGCCAGACUCUGCAAGAGAUUUGCUCUUACAUUUAGCCCGCAUUAAUCGACCCACUCAGAACCAACUGGAACAAGCAGGAGAAAUUGUCGCCCAAAUGGACCAUCUUGCCCUUGCAAUUGACCUUGCUGGGAAUUAUAUCAAAGUUGUAGGGGACUUAGGCCAGUAUGGUAGAUUCUUCAGAAAAGAGCACGACAAACUUCUCCGAAAGGUCCUAGGAAAGGCAGCCUCGCAAUCAUAUCCACAUUCUGUGUUCGCUGCUUGGAAGCUAUCCAUGGAGCAAGUCCCUAAAACUUCCGCCCGACUAUAUCACGUACUCUGUUUUCUAGAUCGGACCAACCUUGAUACACAACUUUUUCAGCGAGCUUGCAGCUCUAAAUGUCUCUUGAAUAAUGAUGGUGAGCUGGUGGAAAUCACUGCCGCAGUGGCCGGGAUAGCACCUUGGAUUCUUGAUGCAUAUACUGACAGUAAUGGCAUAUGGGAUGAGCUGGAGUUUCUUGACAGUCUAUAUCCUCUGGAAGCUCUCCAUUUCGUCCGUCGAAACGAGUUGAUCGAAGGCCUAUAUUACAACGACAAGGCUGUGCCGACAGAUCAAGAUUCGGUACUCAUCAUUAUGGAGCCGUUCGUACACGAGAUCGGAAGGCUUAUGCUGGAUUUCGGAGAAUUCUCCGACUUUGCCAUUGACGCCAUCACUCUCGUUUUGCACGGCUUAGAAAAUGACGCAGAGCAUACAGUUCGCACGCCAACUUCAGAAAGCCGAUCUGAUAUCACAAGUCCUAUUUUGACCCCUGAUGGUGGCGCCUUUAAUAGUCCAUUCGAUGCUAAUCUCCGUCUCGAAGCUCUGUUUUGCCAUUUGGUCGUUGCUCUCGAGGCUAUUUAUGGACACACUUUACAAAGUGAUACCCUUACAGGUUUAGGACUCCCACUCGGUAUGCAUUCAAUUUGGAACCACAAAAUUCCUAGAGCGUCUCUAUGCUUUGUGUUGCUCUUCGCCUUGAAUUACCAAGGAAGACCAAUUCGUUCCAGUUUCUCGUCCACUGAGAGAUUACGGCGUGUGAUCUUCAUGGCUGAUAUGGCCUUUAUCGUCGCACCACCACAAUAUGGACCUAGUCACUUACGGUACCUCAUUGAGCUUAACAAGCAUUGCUGGUCUUUAGGUUGGUCCAUAUACAACUUGAACUGUUGGAUAAAUAUCACCGACGGGUCUGAUAUCCUAAUUCCCAAAUAUAACGUCCCUGACCUGGACACUAUCCUAAUCAAAUCAGGCAGUGCGGCACCUUCGUUCAAAUUCAAUUAUGCAUUUUUUUUCGCUGCUGUUUUGGAACGAUCAAUCUCUGAAUGGCAGCAAGCAAGCUCAUUCACAGUGAAUGGCGGUACUAGAGAAGCCCAGGCGACGAUCAUGCAAAAAAUUGCCAUUAAAGCGCUACAUCGAUUAUGGGAGCACACAGAGUGGCGCUCCACUACCAGAACUCCUACAGUUGUGCUUUCAUCGGUGUACGGUUACCUGUUCGCUGCCGACAAGGCUGAUGCUGGCAGAUGGCCGGGUCUCCGGGAUGAUGUUGACCUGUUUUCAAUUGCCGGCCCUCAACGCUUCGAUGCCUUUUCCAAGACUACACUAUAUCGUCAUAUUUCUAGGAAUCUAGGAUCACCGUGA